UGAAAUAAAAAUGUUAAAAUAAAAAGUUUAGUUUUUGUAGCCAUGUACGCAUUUUUGACAUUGCACUAAAAAAUUUAAUUUUUUCCUGCAAAUGAUUUUUUCCCACCGACCAACUGAUAGCCUUGUGGUAGAGCGUUCGCUUCCAGUGCGGGAGGACUUGGGUUCAAACCCCAGCCGAGUCAUGCCAGAGACUAUAAAAGUGUGAAUCUAUCCUUUCUGCUUAGGGUUCAGCAUGAGAAUAGGAUUGAUAUCUUAGGCAUUUGUCUAGUUGAGCGAUUGCUGUGCUUGCACGACUUUCGUAGCUUGAAUGGGAGCUUUAAAUGCUCUAGGACCCCCUUCGCAGGACCCUUGUUGAUAGCAGUACCAAUAGGAACUGAAGAGGCUAUCCUGGGUAAAUAAUUUCAAUAACAAUAACUAUAUAUAAAAUCGCUAAAAAGUUUUAUAUUUCCUUCAAAAUUGAAGGUUUUUUUUUUACUGAUUUUUUUUUUCGUUGCCCUACACAUUUCUUAAAAAGAUUCCUGUAUAUUUAGUACGAAGGAAAAAAAAACUGGUUCCGAAAUAAUUUGUUGUUAGUUAUUCUAGACUCACAUUAUUUUGUUCUGAAUCUAUGGAAAAAUCCAGGCUGAAAACAGUAAAAACAAAAAUGUGGAUUAAUUUGUUUGUGGUAUUGUCGUUGAUGUGUUUUUUCACAACUAUAAAUGGACAAGCAGCUGACAACCCUUGUACACAAGCUUCUGAUUGCUCAAGCUGUCUCAAAGCAGGGGGUCGAUGCUACUGGUGUGCUGAUUCAGAUUUCACUGAUGGCACUAAUGCCCGUAGGCCUAGGUGCAAUGCUAAGCCUACAUUACAAACUAGUGGAUGUAAAAAGAUUGUUAUAGAGGAUGGGAGUGUAAAGUUUACUGUGAAUAAUAAAUUUGAUUCAAUUGUUCAAGUCCGACCACAAAAGGUUCAACUUAGACUCCGAAAAGAUCAAACCCAAACUUUUAAACUGACUGUUCGACCUGCAAAAGACUUUCCUGUGCAACUGUAUUAUCUUAUGGACAUGUCUAGAUCUAUGGAUGAUGAUUUGACUAAAUUAAAAACACUUGGUACAAAGAUAGCGGAAGAAAUAAAAACUAUCACUGCUAAUUACUCUCUUGGUUUUGGGACAUUUGUAGACAAAACAGUGUCGCCGUUUGUCCAGAUUGAGAAGUUAAAUCAGCCUUGUUUAACAGAGAGCAAAGAGCCUUGCAUGCCUACUUUUGGUUACAAACACAACUUCGACUUUGAUAAGGAUGCAAAGAAAUUCGAGGCAGCGGUUUCACGACAAAAAAUAUCAGGAAACCUUGAUACUCCUGAGGGUGGUUUUGAUGCUUUGAUGCAAGUUGCAGUUUGUUCAUCAAAAUUAGGUUGGGCUGACGUUACAAAGUCUAGAAGAAUUGUUGUUUUCGUCACUGAUGCUAGUCCUCAUAUUGCAGGCGAUGGAAAACUUGGUGGUAUAACUGUUCCCAACGAUGGUGCGUGUCAUUUGCAAGAUAUUGGUUCCGUUGAAAAGAGAUACACAAAAUCAAAUGAGCAGGAUUAUCCUUCUAUAUCAUUAUUGAAAUCCAAAUUGAAAGAGAACAAAAUCGUCCCCAUAUUUGCCGUGACAAAGGAUGCCUAUGGUGUUUAUCAGAAACUUUCUGAUGAAUGGAAAGAUCUUUUAGCUGCCAUUGGUGUGUUGGAAAGAGAUUCCUCAAAUAUUGUAGAUUUGAUUCGAGACAAGUACAAGUCCAUCUCAACUACGGCACGUUUGGGCACUGAUAAGUUACCUAAAGGUGUCAUUGUCAAUUUUAAAGUUCAACCAGGAUGCCCAAAUAGUAAUAAGAAUAACGAGUGCACUGAUAUGAAGGUGAAUACAGAUGUUGAAUUUGAAGUUGGUGUAACAGCUGUUACCUGUCCAAAAGAUUGGAAAACUGAUGAUAGAAGUUUCAAGAUCACUAUUCCAGUUUUCGGUGAUGUGGAGGUUACAAUUAAAAUGAUUUGUGAUUGCGAUUGCGAAACAAAAACAACGGAAAUUGAAGAAAAUUCCGCAAAAUGCAACGGAACUGGUGCUUACAAGUGUGGUAUUUGUUAUUGUAAUGAAGGACGAUUUGGUAAAAAAUGUCAAUGUAAUAGUAAAGAUCAGGCUGAUCAAUCAUUAUGCAAGCGAAAUGAUACUGAAUCUGAAGGGCUAAUCUGUAGUGGAUUUGGUUCUUGUAUUUGUGGCAAGUGUGAAUGUAACCGUAGAGAGAUAGAGGGUGAAUUUAUUACAGGCAGAUACUGUGAGUGCAAUAAUUUUGGUUGUCCAAGAUACGAGGGAAAAGUUUGUGGAGGCCCCGGUAGAGGGGUUUGCGAAUGUGGAAGAUGUAUUUGUAAAGAAGCCUUUUUGGGAGAAAACUGUGGCGCUGUUGAUUGUACUGCUGGACGAGUCAACUGUAUUAGUGAUUUGGCUACAAAUACUGUGUGUAAUAAAAAUGGAAAGUGUGCUUGCGACCGUUGCGAAUGUGAUACUGGCUACAAGGGAGAGUUAUGCGAAAAAUGUGUGUCAUGUCCCGGUAAAUGUUCUGACAGCAAAGACUGCGUGCGUUGUUUGGCAUUCGGAGAACCGAACAAGGAGUUUUGUGAUAAAUUAGAUUGCAGCCAUAUAAACUGGAAAUGGAUAAAUUCGACUAAGGAGCAAUGCGCAUUUAAAGAUGACAACGAGUGUUAUGUUAUCUUCAGUUUUCAACAAGAUCUAAUUUCUGGCAACGAAACGGUUUUAGUCCAACGGGAAAAACGUUGCAUCGUUGUUGUAAAGAAAGAAAUUAACAUCCUUGCUAUUGUAUUGGGAAUAAUUGGCGGAAUUGUGCUACUUGGUCUCAUUUUGUUGUUGUUAUGGAAACUACUAAUCACAGCCUAUGAUAAUUAUGAAUACCACAAAUUCGAAAAAGACAGAAUGAAGUCUAACUGGCAGACUGGUGAAAAUCCAAUCUACAAGCCGUCCAACCAGAAAUUCACUAACCCAACAUUUGCCGGUAACAAAUAAAAAACUGUUUGUAAAAUCAUAUAUUUCUGAAGUACUGAUAGGAGUGAAUUAAAUAUGAACAAAAUCUCAACUUGACUAUUGAACGAUGUUAUUCGAUGGUUUUACGCGAAAGUAACAUGUUAUUAAGGAAAACUUUUUUUAUACUUUUAUAGCUUGUUUUGUGAGUUCAGUGUACUUCGUGUUCUUUUAAUUUUGUUGUGAGAAGUCAUAAGCAUUUUAUCUGGAGUUAUCUUGAGCAGUUGUGUUAUAAUGCCGUUUCUGAUUGUAGUUUCGUCAAUUUACAAUAAUUGUGAAUUGACAAUUAUUUUUUAAAGGUUGUAAAAAACACUUUUUGAUAGUUAUAACUCUGAGUAAUUUUUAUUUAAUAUUUUUGUAGCUAAUUUAACCUUAGACCGACGCAGUAUAAUUUAGUGUUUUUUACAAACAGUCCAUUAUAUGGAGUUGUUACAAAUUGUCACUGAAUUUUAAUAAUACCUGUUGGCAAUUUAAUUUUAAUGAAUUCUGAUGUAAUUUUGUGCGCGCAGAGGUAAGAUUGGUCAAAGGUGAUAUUGCAAUUCCUCUUUAUGAUUUUAAGGUCUUGUGCCACUUUAGGAAAACUAAACAUGUAUUCUGUACAAUUGUUCAGUGUGUUGUUUUUCUGUAACUGUGUUGAUUUUUUGAACAAUAAUGGAUAAUAAA